ACCGCUUUGCGGUUUUGGAAAGCUCUAAAUAUGACCGUCCCCCGGGAGAAGGAAGCACAUGGGCCAAGAUAACCCACAAGUGUCAGGCGGACGGACAGAAACCCUGAUUCACCCCUGCCUGAGAGACGAAUAAAGAAGCAAAGAAGGCGGCGUGUUGACAGGGCAAAGAUCACCAGCCAGCGCCAGGCCACACUGGGAGACGUCAGGCGCCCCUGCACACCCUCCCCCCACCCCCAGGAGACCAGGAAAAAGGUGCCUGGUCUCGUUCCGGAGCCAGAGUCACGAUGAGUCAGGACUACCGAGAUCUCACAGCUGUGGACGUGGAGGAUGACGAUGACGAAAUACAGCUCCGAAAAGCCUCCCAGAAACGCUCCCCGGGCCUAUCAUGGAGGCAACGGAUCUGCCCCAGCCGUCGCCUGGUCCUGAUCCUGCUGGGAGUGAGCACCAUCCUCACCAUCGCAAUCAUUGUCUUUGGCUCCAAAGGCAGUCAACGCAGCUCUCAGCUAUCGGGGAUGCGCGAUACACUCACAAGCCUGAAUCAAAGUAUUGGUGACGGAAUCGUCUCCCUCCAGCAGAAGGGGACGGACACGGCCACGAAGAUCACGCAGCUGGAGGCGAAGGUGAAAAAGCUGACGGAGGAAGCAGAAGCAGCCAAGACACGACUCCUGUCCCAGAUGACAACCUUGCAGAGGAGUUUUAGAGGCAUGAAUUGCGACUUGCAGAACUUCAAAAACAACCGGACAGAGGCCUGCUGCCCCAAAGGAUGGGACAUUUUUCGGAAAAGCUGUUACUGGGAGUCCCGACUCGGGAGGCCCUGGGAGGAAGCCAAGGCUGACUGCGAGGCCCGAGACGCUCACCUGGUGAUCAUCAACUCCUAUGAGGAACAGCGAUUUGUGGCCGUCCGUGUGCGCCCCCAGUUUAUGUGGAUCGGCUUGAGUGAUGCUACCGGGAGCUGGAAGUGGGUGGACGGAACGCCCUACACCGUUCGCCAAUCGGACUGGGCCCCGGGGCAACCAGAUAACUGGUAUGGCCACGGACUUGGGGGAGGAGAGGACUGUGCCCACCUCCAUCACGACGGCAGCUGGAACGACGACCACUGCUCUCGCAACUAUGGCUGGGUCUGCGAGAUGGAGGCAGUGGAUUAAGGGGGGCAGCCGGCCCUUUGACCCCUGGCUCCAAGAAACUGAGUUCUCACCAGUUGCUGAAGGAUCUGGGAUCCUGGGGCAACGGGAGCAGUUUUGCUGCCUUCACCCCUGGGGAGGUUCUUCAGUUUCUUCUCAAACAACCCCACUUGACUACUGUGUCCUAAAACAGCCAGGCAUACAAAGCCCUCCAUACCUGACUGCUUUAUUUCAUAUUUUUUUAACCCAAAUUUUAAUUUUCUACACCGGCAAUGGGCACCCAGAACCUCGAUUCCCCUGUUGUGACUCUGGCUCCAACCAUUAACAACACAGCCAGUGCCGGAUUGAUACCUUUAAAGGCCCCUAAGCGCUUAAAGGAUUUUGGUGCCCCCACGAAUAUCUAAUUCAGAAUGCAAACAAGAAUAAACCGUGAAAUAAAAUUUUAUUUUUCGAAAUGAAA